AUGGCGGCCAGAAAUGCCAAGCCGCCAUUUACUGACACUUCCCCAUAUUUGCCAGCGCCCGCACCAGCAUCGGCCUUAUCCCACAGUUUCAUCCGCUCUCCAGAAAUCUCCCAGGGUCCGAAGACGGAUAUCCCCGCACUCGCUGCUGACCUACUAAACGAUGCUCCGGGCCUUGCGUCUUGGGUUUUCUCACCCGUCAUGAUCCCACCCGACUCUGUGGAGUCUCCCCCGGUCUCGUCCGCCGGUCCGACCCUGGCCCCCGAUGACGGCGCGAUACCCGAAGAUUUCGAUGUCCAGAGUCGGGCCAGCUCGCGAGACCCGGGCAGCGUCCAGACGGCGGGCGAUACCGGCCUUGCGCAGGACGGCGCGCACGACCCCCAGCGCGACGACUCUAGAGACGACCUCACCCAGAACCCCAACGAGAACGGCGCGGGCGGCAAGCCGCCAUGGAGCGAGAUGAAGACAAAGGCCGGGAAGGAGCGGAAACGACUGCCGCUAGCAUGUAUCGCAUGCAGGAGGAAGAAGAUCCGAUGCUCGGGCGAGAAACCCGCAUGCAAGCAUUGUUCGCGGUCGCGGAUCCCGUGCGUCUACAAGGUUACCACAAGGAAGGCGGCGCCUCGCACGGACUACAUGGCGAUGCUGGAUAAGCGGUUGAAGCGGAUGGAGGACCGAGUCAUCAAAACGAUCCCCAAGGAUGAGACGAGAGAUAUGGCGGCAAUCGGCAGGUCCGUUGUUCGGCCGCCCCAACCGGGCCAGGCAUUGAAGGCUCAGAAGAAGCGGUCAGCGGAAGAAGCUUUUGCGGCGGAGAUGGACGAAUGGGCCCGCGGGGACCGCAGGGCGCCGCAGGAUACGUUCCCCAUGCGCGGUGAGGGCAAGGCAUCUGAUGUGACGGGUCUUCUGACGGAGGGUGCCGAGUUCUUGCCGUCCUUGGAGAUUCAGGAACAUCUGGCGGAGGUCUUCUUCGACUGCGUGUACGGGCAGUCGUAUCUUUUGCUCCACAAGCCGAGCUUCAUGCGGCGAUUGAAAGCGAGGACCGUUCCGCCGGUAUUGAUCCUGGCUGUCUGUGCUGUCUCGGCUCGAUUCUCGACACAUCCCCAGAUCAACUCGGACCCGCCUUUUCUGCGCGGAGAGAACUGGGCUAACCCGGCGGCUGCCAUUGCGCUCAGCCGACACGACGAACCGAGCAUCACCAUUCUCACUGUCUUUCUUCUAUUGGGCCUUCACGAAUUCGGAACCUGUCAUGGUGGGCGUAGUUGGUCUUUCGGUGGCCAAGCGCUCCGCAUGGCUUACGCUUUACAACUCCACCGGGAGCUCGACUAUGAUCCUUUAAUGAAUCAAAGUACAGGAAAUGGGGCACAGCUUAGCUUCACGGACCGGGAGAUUAGGAGACGGACCAUGUGGGCUUGUGUUCUAAUGGAUCGAUACAACUCGUCUGGAAGCCAGCGCCCGCCCAUAGGAAAUGAGAAAUUCCUUCAAAUACAGCUCCCAAUCAAAGAGUCUUCAUUUCAGUUGGAGAUACCCGGUCCGACAGAAGACCUAGACGGAAACAUUCCCAAUCCAGUUCCGGAAGACGUCGGUCAGCUGUCCAAUGCCAAGGACAACAUGGGCGUGUCGGCCUACAUCAUUCGGGCCGUGAUGAUCUGGGGCCGCAUCGUCGAUUAUCUCAACCUUGGUGGGAAGAGAAAGGACGAGCACCCAUUAUGGUCGUCUGAAUCAGGGUAUAUGAAACUGAAACGACAGAUUGAGGAAUUCUCCGCGACCUUACCGAACCAUCUCGCAUUCACAUUCGAAAAUCUUCAAAUCCACGCCGCAGACAAAAUCGCCAACCAAUUUCUCUUCCUCCACAUCAUCAUCCACCAGAACAUGCUUUUCUUGAACCAAUUUGCUAUCCCGCUGUCACCGGGGGGGCGGCCCCCCAAGGAUAUGCCCAAAUCCUUCCUCAGUAAUGCUGGGCGCGCGGCCGUGGAGGCCGCACAUCACAUUUCCGUAUUGAUAGAUCGCGCCUCUGCAUACCCACUUACAGUCCCAUUUGCUGGAUAUUGUGCAUAUUCGGCGAGCACAGUCCACAUCUGGGGUAUCUUCUCGAAAAACGCACAGUUGGAAGCUCGAUCGAAAGAGAACCUUCGACAUACCUAUCGAUACUUGAACAAAAUGAAGAAGUACUGGGGAAUGUUUCAUUACAUGGUCGAGAGCGCCAAGGACCGGUACCGGCAGUUCGCAGAUGCGGCCAUCAAGGGCUCGGUUGCCACUCAGAAUGGCGGUCAGAUCACGCCCAUGUUCCAGUACGGCGACUGGUUCGACAAAUACCCUCACGGCGUAUCUAGGCUUCACUGGGAGGACGCUGACUCCAGGCAGAAGGACCGCGCCGACGAAGCGGUGAUGGGACAAAAGCCCGACCUUCAAAGCGUGGAGGAUUUCUUUGCGAGCCUUUCUCCUUCAACACCUCAGUACAGCACUCCACGCCGAUCGCAUGUUAGGAAGGGAAGUAAGGCUGUUGCUGGGCCAGAGCAACCGACCCCGACACCGCCGGUGAUCGACAUGAGCAUGAAUGACGCCCCAGGCAUGCUGGGUACAUCGGGAACCGGCUUUCCCCAUCCAACGAUGUACGACCAACAAAGUCGAGCAGCUCCUUUCGGGCAGACAGGUUUCGAAUUCGGCGUUCCCGAGGACCAGCUUCCCCAGUUGGACCGGCAAUUCGUCUACGGCUCCUUCAGCGGUUUCGACCCUUCCUCCGCCUCGUUGGUCCCAGCCGACACUCCCGGCAUAUCGACUUCCAGUGGCGCGGAUCCCCAAUCAACUCAGGAUACGUCGGCCAUCUUCGCGGGGCAAAUCGACCCCAACGUCCCGUCGGGCGCAGGGGAAUACUACCAGCCCAGCGCCUGGUUCUUACCGUUCAACCUUGACCCGGUGGGCGCAGCCAGCCUCGACUCGAGCGUCCCCGCGCCCGGCUCCAGCAGCGGGAAUGGCGCCGCAGACAUGGCCUCGUUCAAUGGAACGGGGAGUAUACCCCUGGGCGCCUACGAUCUGGGAAUGGGAAUGGACCAAGGAACUCAUCCAUGA